CCUCUGCCUCUGCCUCUGCCCACGCGGUGAGUGCUCACUGACACCCCUCCCCUCACAGACGGCCGCACCAAUUCGUCCACAGUGCAGGACCCCACCCUACACUCGACCUUGCUGCUCGCUCGCCUCCUUCCACGGACUUAGCUCCCUGAUUUCUCUCCCGCCUUCAGAUUUCAAUUGCACAUGCUGCCAGUGCACAUUUAAAGUACUUUUACUUACUUUCUCUUCCAAGGCGUUGUGUUGUGCUGGUCCGGGGGAGGCUGAAAUAGAGAGGAAGAAAUGAGCAUCUUCUCCUGUUCGUCUCUCCAAGCGUUGUGCUUGUUCCUUCUUCUGUGCUUGUGGGGAGGAGUGGAAGCGACCACGUUCACGCUGUACAACAAAUGUCCCCACGUUGUAUGGCCAGGCAUUCAGCCUAGCGCAGGGAAGGCCAUCCUUGCCAGGGGAGGUUUCCGGCUACAGCCCAGGCAGGCGGUCUCCCUUCGGGCGCCAGCGGGCUGGUCCGGCCGCAUCUGGGGCCGGCAGGACUGUGCCUUCGAUGCGAUGGGAAACGGCCGGUGCGCCACCGGCGACUGCGGAGGGCUGUACUGCAACGGGAACGGCGGGGCUCCGCCGGCGACGCUGGCGGAGAUCACCUUGGGGGCGAAAGACUUCUACGACGUGAGCCUGGUGGAUGGCUACAAUCUGGCGGUGGCGAUAGCGCCGGUGAGAGGGAGCGGGAAGUGCAGCUACGCGGGGUGCGUGCGGGACCUGAACCAGGUGUGCCCGUCGGGUCUACAGGUGAGGUCGAGGGACAACAGGGUGGUGGCGUGCAAGAGCGCGUGCUCGGCCUUCAACUCGCCCAUGUACUGCUGCACCGGCCGAUAUGGAACGCCCCAGGCCUGCAAGCCCACCUCUUACUCGAGGCUCUUCAAGGAGGCCUGCCCACGAGCAUACUCCUACGCCUAUGAUGAUCCCACCAGCAUUGCUACUUGCGCCGGUGCCAGCUACAUCGUCACCUUCUGCCCACAUCUGUGACCGUGAGAAUCAAAUAAAAGGUGUGGUUAGUUAAUAUAUAGUAAAUACAUAUAGCACGCAGAAUGAGGACAGGUCGUCUCUCUCUGCAGAUCCUUUUCUUGUCUUGGUUGUGCUAUAUUGGGUGAUGGUGGGAAUGUAUUGGCAUUUUUAUGUCAAAGGGUACAAUCUUUUUCAGUUUAAAUCUUUCCAUGAAAUAGUUACAUUAA